AUGACGCCCUGCCGCCUAGAUGAAGGAGCAGCACAGGACCGUCUUUGGACUCAAGAGCCUAAUGGGGGGACAAUUCUGCACGCAUAUCUUUCAUCUGGGACACGACAUGCUGAGACUGUGCGGAAGCUUGACCCCUCGCCGAUCAACAGCGUGUUCACUGGAAAUGGAGUGCGUACCAAGCGCCUGCUUCGUAUCCGCAGGCGCAACAUCCGCUUCCUUUGUUCCAGCCGAAAGAACAGAAUGCGCGGGUUGCUGCCACCAGCAAAGGAAACAAUAGAAACAGCAAUGGGGAAACAUGAUUGUGCAGAGGAGGCACUUGCCCUUCGUGCAAUGCGACUGAAAGAUCCUCUCGUUGAUGAAGUACCCGUGAGGCGGUGGCGGACACAUUGGUUCCCUUCUUUCGCCAGGAGGUCGCUGGUUCCCCUGGUGCAAGCAGCUUCACGAUGCGAUGCCAUUGUUGAGGCUAGCCCAUUGGCGACUCGCCAUUGGCAGCGGUACUUCCGGCGUGAGAGUCGAGAGGCAGCGGCAUUGGAGCUUCACGCAGAGCUCACAAGAGCUCGCAAACAAGUGGGAGCAUCAGGACUGUUGCGUGCAUUGUCCGAGGCAUGUCCAUUGGUUCCUCGGCUACAAUACCUCUUUAUUGACGCUCGGGAGCCCGCAGCCGUUGUUCGAGUGCAGCGGCUUCUGCGUAGUCUGGUCAAGAGGCACCGCCGCUACAGGAAAGAACUGGAUGCAUUUCGUUCUCUUUGUAAACAAGCAGCAGUAGCCGCUGCAGAAGGCAGAGUGGAAUCAUCCUUGCCAUCUGUCCAAGUCGCACAGCUCGUUGCCUCGCGCAAAGGAGCAACCGACGAAGGAACACGCGCGGGGGAAGUACUCACAAAGGCUUCGCUCCAGAAAAAGAAGCCGCUUCGAAUUCUUAUUGUUGGAGUCCCAAAUGUAGGGAAGAGCAAAAUUGCCAACUGUCUUGCGGGGAGGAAAGUGGCACGCAGUUACCGAUGGCCCGGCACCACGCAGUCUGUCAACCUGCACAGACAACCAGUUACCUGGGCUCGAAUGGGCGAUAUGUCGCGGCUUUUCGAUGUAAUAGACACCCCCGGGUUCAUUCCCGUGCAUCCCGGCAAAGGUAAAAGUAAACGGCGGCUGAGUCUUUCAUUACAGCAGCAACUGCAGCAACGUCUUGGCACAGGUGCUCGGCAGGGACAGCUGGAAUUGGGGAUAUUCUUUGAUUUCACCCAUCCGCACCCAUCUCCUGACGAGCUGGCCCUACUCGGGGCAUUUCACAUGCUGCCUCAUAGUUGCCUCUUCACGAUUGAAGAAGCCGCAGUGGCUUUGGGAAACGCCUUUUUUCGCAUCAGAAAACUGUUGCCAGCAGCGAGCGACUUAGACAGAGUGAUGAGCCGCUACAAGAUGGACCAGUGCGCCUUCAAAGAGGAUAUGAAUAUGGGAGUGCAACUGCUGCUGACGGUGAGCGGAGGGGGGGAGAGGUCGGGUUGGAAAGUUGGAUGGACAAUGCGUUAUCCGAAAUGUUACAUGUUCCCCUGCAACUGUAUGCGAGGUGCGUUAAGGGGUGCGCUGGAUGGACCAGAAGAGUGA